AUGCCACUAUCUAUUCUAGCAAUGUUACCUGGCUUUAAUUCUUUUAUGUAUCUCUAUACAAUUCCUACUCCAUUAUAUCAUAAUGGCGCAUAUACAGGUUUUACAGAAUUUUUUAAAGAGUAUGAGAUUUUAGUAGAUCAUAUAAAAUAUUUAACAGAUGAUCAAUUAGAUAAAUUAG